AGCCACACAGGCUGCAGUUUUUGAGCCAGCCCUGAACCGGCAUCCGCCUUCUUGCUGCUGCUGCUGCUGUUGCUGUUGCUGCUUCUGCUGCUUGCAGGUGUUUUCAGAAACUUCGCGAUGCGUCUGGAAGAACUGAAAAGAUUGCGGAAUCCUUUAGAACAAGUGAACGAUGGAAAAUAUUUACUUGAAAACCACCAGCUGCCCCUGGACGAGGAGAACAACAUGCAGAAACGACACCUUGGCCUACAGCCCCUGGAAUCAAAGGUGAAAAUCAUCCAGCGAGCCUGGCGGGAGUACCUGCUGCGCCAGGAUGCCCCCAGGAGGAGCCCGUCACCACCGUCCAUUUGCUCGGACAAGCUGAGCAGCUCCAUCAGCAUGAGCACCGUGUCCACCAGUAGCACACCAGACUCCCGAGAGGAUGGGAUGGAGCUGGGCAGCGACGCGGCCAGCAGCCGCAGCAGCGCCAGCUCGCAGUCCAACUCGGCCAAAGUGACCCCGUGCUCCGAGUGCCAGCCCUCGACGUCGCCGGGGGGCAGCUUGGACUUGGAGUCGGCGCUGGAGGACUAUGAGGAGCCCUUCCCGCCGGACGCCAAGAAGGACGCGGACGAGUGGACGCCGGGGGAGGACGACGAGGACGACGAGGAUGCGCGCGGGCCGGGGGACGUGAGCGCGGGCAGCACCAGGAGGGACCGGACGGCCGCGCCGCCCCCCGUUUCGCCCAUGCCCAACGGCCACCUGCACGCGCACGAUCCCCAGGGCCUGGGGCGCAAUGGCAACGUGGUGCUGGCCGGCCGGCCCCGCGGGUCGCGCCGGGAGCUGCAGAAGCCCCAUCCGGCGGACGGCGAUCCAGAGGAGCCCCCUCUGCCCCCCAUGGACUGGGAGGCCCUGGAGAAGCAUCUGGCGGGGCUGCAGUGCCGGGAGCAGGAGGUGCGGAACCUGGGCCCCGCGAGGACCAACUCCACCUCCGCACAGAAAAAUGAGAGAGAGUCAAUCCGGCAGAAGCUGGCACUCGGCAGCUUCUUUGAUGAUGGUCCAGGAAUCUAUACCAGCUGUAGCAAGAGCGGGAAGCCGAGCCUCUCCUCACGGCUACAAAGUGGAAUGAACCUGCAGAUCUGCUUCGUCAAUGACAGUGGCAGUGACAAGGACAGCGAUGCCGAUGACAGCAAGACAGAGACCAGCCUGGACACGCCCCUGUCUCCUAUGAGCAAGCAGAGCUCUUCCUACUCUGACCGAGACACAGCGGAGGAUGACUCGGAGUCCAUGGAUGACAUGGAUUUCCUCAGCAGGCAGAAGAAGCUGCAGGCCGAAGCCAAGAUGGCCCUGGCUAUGGCCAAGCCAAUGGCUAAAAUGCAGGUGGAAGUGGAGAAACAGAACCGGAAAAAGUCCCCCGUGGCAGAUCUCCUGCCCCACCUGCCGCACAUUAGUGAGUGCCUGAUGAAACGCAGCCUGAAGCCUGCAGACCUUCGGGGCAUGACUCUGGGCCAGCUGCAGGUGAUCGUCAAUGACUUGCAUUCACAGAUCGAGAGCCUAAACGAGGAGCUUGUGCAGCUGUUGCUGGUGCGAGAUGAGCUGCACACAGAGCAGGAUGCCAUGCUGGUGGACAUCGAAGAUCUGACCAGACAUGCCGAGAGCCAGCAGAAGCACCUGGCUGAGAAGAUGCCUUCGAAGUGAGGCCUCCCCAGUCGCCCCAGAGCACAAGUCGGAGUUUUGUUUUUUGGGUUUUUUUGCUUCUGUGAUCGUCAAAAACACUGUUGCUGUGGGUGGUGCGGAGCUGGCGCCAUCCGUGUUCAUCCUGGACAUGUCUGAAGCUUCUUGGCCACUGACUGGCCUCUGCUUCUUAAUUUAUUUCCUUUUUUUUUUUUUUUUUUUUUUUACUGUGCCACUUGAUAGCAAGCGUUUGAGUCAGAUGGUCACGGAGACUGCACGGCACUGACAUCAUCACUGACUGCGGUUUGGCCGCAGGUUCUACCUGGGUUGUUCUGUUUCCCAGGAUCUGGAGCAGGGCAGUGUCUCCCAGGCCCGCUGCCCUCCUUCUGUGCCGUGGCGGGUGAUGGUGCUACCCGGUACAUACAGGCCGCCACCGCCUCCGGCCUCGGGGACGCUCCUAGGGGCCUCCAACCAGCGCCUCUCAGCAUUUUGUGAAUGUUGACGCCCCGAGCUACCCUUUGAGGUGUGCAGCUCACGGUCUCUCAGAGAUGGAGGAUUUCUGUAUAAAUAUGUAAAAUAAAAAUGAGAACUUUGUUUCA